AUGGCGGAGGCGUCGUCCGAUGGAGCUGUCAAGCGCGUCGUGGGCCUGGGCGAUCCCGUGAGCGACGUCCUCGUUCGCCUGGACGAGCCGUCGUACGCGAAGCGCGUGUUCGCCGCGUGCGGGAUCGCGGAGCCCGGCGGGUGCCUCCCCGUGGACGCGGACGAGGACAUCGCGCGGUUGCUCGCCGUGUGCGGCGGCGAGUGGGUCGACUUUAGCGGCGACGACGGCGACGACGGCGCGUCCGCGUCCGUCUCGGUCGCGACGCCGGAGUGUUGCCCGGGCGGGUCCGCGGCGAACGUCAUGAAGGGCAUCGCGAACUUGGGCGGCGCCGCGUCGUUCGUGGGGAUGAUCGGGAAAGACGAGACCGGCGCGCGGUAUCGCGCGCUCCUCGCGUCGCAGAACGUUUCUCCCAUCCUCCUCGAGUGCGAAGACGACGACGAGAGCGGCGGCGAAAGAUCCCUCGGAAGCGCGCGGUGCAUCUCCUUGGUCGAGCGCGACGGCCAGCGCACCAUGCGAACCUACCUCGGCGCGUCGUUGCGGAUGUCCGCGAGCGACUUCCCGACCGACGAAGCGCUGACCGGCGCGGCGCUGUUACACGUGGAGGGGUACGCGUUGUACCGGCCAGAGUUGUGUCUCGCGGCGACGCGAGCGGCCAAGGCGAGGGGCCUGCUCGUGUCGUUGGACCUCGCGUCGUUCGAGGCGCGUCCCAUACACUGGUCCCCAUACGACCCCGUCGGCGUGGUGGUUCGAAACUGCCGCGCGACGCUGAUCGAGGUCCUGGAGAGUGGGCUCGUGGACUUGCUGUUCGCGAACGAGGACGAGGCGAGGGAGCUCGUCGGCGCGUCCGCGCUCGGCGUCGGCGGCGGCGGCGGCGCAGCGGAUGAACGCGUCGACCGAGGCGAUGACGAAAACUUCUUUAACCGCUCCGACGCGGAUAAGGCGCUCUCGUGGAUGCUUCAGCACUGCGCCGUCGCGUGCGUGUCGCUGGGCGCGCGCGGGUGCGUCGCGCGCGCCAAGGACGGCGCGAAGGGCGUCGCCCCCGCGGUGCGCGUGCCCGUCGUUGAUACCACCGGCGCGGGCGACUCGUUCACCGCGGGGUUUUUGACCGCGUAUUUGAGGUGCGUUCUAUCCCGCGCACUGGUUCCCGUACGACCGCGUCGGCGUGGUGAACGCCGUUCCUUAUGGACUUUCUCUCCCGGUGUUUGUCUUUCUCCGCCCACUUCUAGGUUUCGAUCCCGACGCGCCUCGACGCCUUUCAACUCCGCUUCUGACGCCUUUCGACUCCGCCUCGAUGACGUUAUUCGCUCGUACGGAACGACCCCGAGGGGCGGGAGCGUGCAGGCGUGCUGCGUCGCCGGGUGCGUCGUGGGGACCGCGCUCGUGCAGGUGUUGGGCGCGGAGCUGAGCUUCGGGAAGUGGGAGGAGCUGUCGAGGGAGGUGAACGACGUCGUGGAGAGGUUGGGAGGAGGCGAGGCUGGAGGGAGCCGACGAGAGUAGGUGGUGCGCGAGAGCGGACUGAAGAGACUAUGAAUUAAAUAAUUGGGGCCCCGAUUAAAAAAGUUCAUCGGUUUGUUGAAAGGGGACGCGAUCAAAUAUUGAAACCGAGUUGUGGGUG